UGCCAUUCCCGAGCUCAGACCCGCUUCGAACACGCCGCUCUUCUUCUUCCUCCUCCUCCUCCUCCUCCUUACAACCCCCCCGCUAUUCGACUAUUCCGACUGCUAAUACAUACUUUGUCGCUCCAAUUCGUCUUGCUCACACACACACAAACACACCCACGCUUACCCUUUUAUACUCUCGCCAUGCAAGCCCCGGUCCCUUCUCCCGAGUCGCCUUCCAUCUUAACACCCGCAGGCUAUCAUACUUCUUCAUGUGGCUACUGCAAACAUGAUUCCACCAAACAAAGAUCUCCAGACUCCAGCGCAUCAUACUACGUUUUUACGAAACAAUUGAAUGUAGACCAUUACCAGGAACUUGUUGAUAGAGGUUGGAGGCGAUCAGGCACACUGCUCUACAAACAAGACGUCUGCCGAUCGUGCUGUCCUUACUACACCAUUAGGCUGCCUGUCAGCGAAUUCGCUCCGUCGAAGGAUCAAAGACAAGCUCUGAACAAGUGGAAUAAAUUCGUACUAGGAGAUGACUACAUCAAAGAAUCUGCUAGAUUACGUCCGAGAUCCAGAGAACAGAAAGCGCGCGAACGAAGUAGCUUCGAUCUAGCCCAUGCACUUCGCGAAAGCGAAUAUGCCAACCUGAGCCUCCCACCUGAGCCAGCUCAUCGCUUCGAAGUCACUCUUGAGCCUGCCGACUUCACUGAAGAAAAAUAUCAAGCCUUCGAGAACUACCAGCGCAAUGUCCAUCGUGAGCAACCCAGCGAGAUAUCUCGCGACGGUUUCAGGCGUUUUCUUUGCGACUCGCCUCUGCAGCAAGUGGUCCGCAACAUCGCUGGCAAAGAGCAAAAGCUAGGCUCCUACCACCAGUGCUACCGCCUCGACGGUCAAUUGAUUGCCAUUGGUGUUCUCGACCUUCUGCCACACGGUGUUAGCAGUGUGUAUUUCCUCUAUCACGAAUCUGUCUCCCAAUGGUACUUUGGCAAGUUAAGUGCUCUUCGUGAGGCCAUGUUCACCAUGGAGGGCCACUACCAGUUCUACUAUAUGGGCUUCUACAUUCACUCAUGCGUCAAAAUGCGUUACAAGGGCACCUAUAAACCACAGUAUGUCCUAGAUCCAGAGUCACUUGACUGGAAUCCACUUGAAGGCCGGAUGAGGGCGCUGCUUGACACGAAAAAGUACGUCUCCUUGUCGAGGGAAGACAUUGAGAAGUCUGCAGAUGCUGCCGCCCGCGCUAAACUAUCAUCUCUCCCACAUCAGACGGCACAUGAGAGCGCAAAGGAAGCUGCUGCCGCGGCUGACGAGGGUGCUUCUUUGUUUUCCAUAAGCAUGCCAGGAGUAAUGUCAGUGGAGGAACUUGAAGACCAGGUGGAUUUGAAGACAAUCAAGGUUUCAGUGGGGAACCGUGUAUUGAAGUGGGGCGAUGUGAUGAAGUUUAAUCCCGGAUCUGUGACGGAUUCCCGGACCAUCAAAGGAACCAUUGCCGAGUUGGCAGCCUCCGUGGGGCCAGUCGUGUCCCAAGGCAUGAUUGUUAAGAUUCGCUGAAGGCCUUGUAUGGAUCCGCUCAUAGCUAUGUAGUCGUGGUCUGCGAGAUCAUGUGUAGGCGCUCGAGCUGUAAGAGCAUCAACAUAAGUGCACGCACACCUGACAC